CCGCUAUAAAAUACAUCGCAAUUUAGUUUCGCUCCUCAAAUUUCUGAUUUUAUCAUCCAAAUCUUUCGUCUCUUAAUUUUGGUUGGAUAUCGAAGAUGUCAGGAAGAGGAAAGGGAGGCAAGGGUCUUGGCAAGGGAGGAGCUAAGCGCCACCGUAAGGUUCUCCGCGACAACAUUCAGGGCAUCACAAAGCCGGCAAUUCGACGCCUUGCCCGUAGGGGAGGAGUGAAGCGUAUCAGCGGCUUAAUCUAUGAGGAAACCCGUGGAGUUCUCAAGAUCUUCUUGGAGAACGUCAUUCGCGAUGCGGUCACAUACACUGAACACGCCAGGAGAAAGACGGUGACUGCCAUGGAUGUGGUUUAUGCGCUGAAGAGGCAGGGUAGGACUUUGUAUGGAUUUGGCGGUUAGUUGAUUUAGGGUCUAGGUUUUAAAAUAGGGGAAGAAUUGUAAGACUCAGUUAAAGUUACAAGCUGGGUUUUGUUGUUCUCUGUUAUAAUUUGUAAUUCGCAUCAUCAAUUGCGUAUUUUUCUUGAAAAUUGAAGGUCAUUUUGUCAA